CUCUGAUUGUGUACAAAACCGUAAUUAUAAUUCAAAUACACCAUCUUAUAACACAAAACAACAAAAAGGACUAGCCCUAUGCCCAAGAGCAAACUAUUAAACUAAGAACAUUAUGGUAUUACACCAUUUACUCUGCAGCUACUUUUAGAACAUUUAUUCAGUAUUUUAUGUUCAAACCUCAUGGAUCCAACGCACAUAUUAGAUUCUCCUGUCUGUCAAGCUUGUUUAUGAGAGAGAGAUGUUUUCUCUGGAAGAGUAGUAGAGGGCUACAAGCAGAAAACUGUUCUAGUAAAAUCUGUCUGAAUCUGAUUCUGAGAGGCCCACAAUGGAAGAAGAUGAGGCAUGAAUUCACAUGUAAGAUCUCCUUGUGCUGUUCAAAAGUCUUAACCGUUGCAUUCAUCUUCUCAAAGUACUCAGUGUCAGCCACACACAAAUUAGAGCAAGAAUCCAACAGGAAGACCAGUUUUUCUAACGUCAAUGGUGGUCAACUUGGUUCUUGUGAAUGCAACUCAAAACAUGGCGGGGAGACUUCAUCCAUCUCAGUAUUUAGACAUUUAACUUGGUAAGGCGUUACAUUUGUUACAGAAUAUCAGACAGUAUCAAAGAUUAGACCUUACCUGUGUUCCUUGCCACUUUUGAGACUUCUCAACCACCAGACCAAGUUUUUGGGAUUCCUUAUUAGUACGUCGAAUAUGGAUGAAGAAGCAACGUGGUCAGCAGAACCUCCUAAAGAGAUCCAAACCAUUAAUGCCAAAUCCCUCACCAUCAAGAUAGCAAAUUCCUGCAAGAAAAAUGGUAAAGAAAUUCGAGCUAACAUUGUUCCCUCGACCCUAGAUUCACUGUCAAAGGAUUCGAUAGAAAAUUCAGACGCAUCGUCUCCGUAUAACUCCUCACUCAUCUCCCCUCCAUCCUCAGCAUUUGUUUCAGCAUUACAAUCACCUCAUAUUUCUCCGAGGGCCAAUGUAGUUAUAAGUUCAAAUCCAACCCAGGAAAGUCCUACACCAGCCACUACACUCACUCACCUGUCUCCUCCGGAGUCAUACGGUGGAUCACAGUCAGAUGACAUCCCAAGUACUUCCUGCACUCCGCCUCCCAAAAUAUGCAACUAUUCUGAUGACCCCGCCAACACAAAGUGUAAAAUUGUGAAUUGUGUUCCAGUUUCAGGUCCAGACACAGCUCCUCGUAUUUCAUUUUCAUUUCCGGUUCCUCGAAUCUCCUUUGCAAGAGGUUCUGUGUCACCUGCAUCCAAUGCCAAACUUAGGAGCUGUGAUGUUUACAUAGGCUUCCACGGUCAAAAUCCGAAUUUGAUACGGCUCUGUAAGUGGCUUAAAUCAGAGCUCGAGGAUCAGGGUAUUGCUUGCUUUGUUUCAGACAGAGCAAAGUACGCGGAUGAUCAGAGCCAUGAGAUUGCUGACAGGGUUAUUUGCUCUGUCACCUUUGGAGUGGUGGUUGUCACCGGUUAUAGCCUUCUAAAUCAUUUCAGUUUGGAGGAGAUCAGAUUCUUUGCACAAAAGAAGAACUUAAUUCCUUUGUUCUUUGACACUGAUGCCAACGAAAUUGUAAGCCUUUUCAACUCGCUUUCUGAUAAUAAGGAAUGUAGGGAAGCAUUGGAUGGACUAAUGAGGUCUCAUGAAUUCAGACUGGAAGCAAAUGAUGGUAACUGGAGAAAUUGCGUGUCAAAAACUGCUGUGAUAUUAAGGGGAAAGCUUGGAAGGAAAAGCAUGGCCAAAAAGAAAGUAGAAGUUUUUGAGGAGUUGCCAUUUCCAAGAAACAAAUACUUUGUUGGGAGGGAGAAAGAUAUUAUGGAAAUUGAGACUACAUUCUUUGGAUAUGGGGAUUACUUGGAGCAAGAAUGUACCAUGCCAACUAUUAAAGGAGGAACCCCAGGGCAAUCUGAAGGUCUAGCAGAUGAGGAAUGUGAGGUCGAUACAGUUAAAGGAGGCAAAUACAUAAGUAUGGAGGUUGGCAGGUGCAAGGAGCCAACUUUGGAGGCUUGGUCUGAACCAGUUAUUGGAAGAAGUUCACAGAGAAGACCAAAAUACAUGAAGUCUAGAAGUGGGAAAAACAAGAGCUUUGGUAGCAGCGUCGUGUGCAUAAACGGGUCACCAGGAGUUGGAAAGACAGAGAUUGCUUUAGAAUUUGCAUACAGGUACUCACACAGAUACAAGAUGGUUUUGUGGGUUGGUGGUGAAACUCGGUAUUUCAGGCAAAAUGUACUAAACAAAUCGCUCAAUAUGGGGUUGGAUGUGAGUGCAGAUGCAGAGAAGGUAAGAGGGAGGAUCCGGAGCUUUGAUGAACAAGAAUCUGAAGCAUUCAAGAAAGUUAAAAGGGAGCUGUUUCGGGACAUUCCUUAUUUACUGAUUAUUGAUAAUCUAGAGACCGAGAGGGAAUGGUGGGAAGGAAAGGAUCUAAACGACUUAAUACCGAGGAACACAGGUGGCACACAUGUAAUUAUCACAACAAGGCUCCCAAGAGUAAUGAACUUUGAAACAAUUCAACUUCAGCCAUUGCCAUUUUCUGAUGCAAUGACAUUGAUUAGAGGAAGAAGGAAAAAAGAGUAUCCAGCUGCAGAACUAGAAAUCCUCAAAAAGUUCGAUGAGAAAUUGGGCAGGUCAAGUUUUGGAUUGUGGGUGAUUGGUUCACUGCUUUCUGAACUUGCAAUUACUCCAUUGGCUCUGUUUGAGGCUGUGAACAAUGUCCAAUAUGAAGAAGCUACUGGCUGCUCCAUUCCAGAUCAACAAUUUUGUAGAACAAAUAUUUUCCUGAAGAAAGUAUUGUCCUUCUGUGCUGCCGUGUUGCGUCAAAGAAAUGGGGGGAAGAAUCUCCUCGCCUCGAGAAUGCUUCAGGUCGGAGCAUGGUUUGGCCCAGCUCCCAUUUCAGCAAAUUUACUGGCCACGGCAGCAAAUUAUAUACCUUCCACCAGAAACAAAUUGAGAAAGUGGACUAAAUGCUUGAAACUCACUUUCUGUAGUUGCUCUGGUUGUUUAGCAAGUCAAACAUGGAAGAGUGAAGAGGAUUCAGCACUUCUCUUGGUUAAACUCGGUUUGGCACGGGUGGCCAAUAAACAGCCUGGAUGCUGGAUUCAGUUACACAACAUCACUCAAACAUUUGCAAAAACGAAAGAUGGUUCAGUUGCUGCCAAGGCAACAGUUCAAGGUGUAAGGAAAAUUGGAAAUCCAAUGGCAAAUUCUGACCACCUAUGGGCUUCAGCUUUCCUUGUCUUCGGCUUUAAAUCUGAAACCCCAAUUGUCCAGCUCAAGGCAAUUGACACGGUUGUCUUUAUCAAGAAAACAACUCUCCCUCUAGCAAUAAGCGCCUUUACAACAUUCUCAAGUUGCAACUCGGCCUUAGAGCUUCUGAAAGUCUGUACAAACCUGCUGGAAGAAGUUGAGAAGUCAUUCGUGUCUCAGAUACAGGAUUGGUGUCACGGUUCUCUUUGUUGGAAAAAGGCACUGCAAUCGAAUCAGAGAGUGGAUGAGUACGUGUGGAAGGAAGUGACAUUGCUGAAAGCUAUGCUGCUCGAGACAAGAGCAAAAUUACUGCUGAGAGGAGGCCGUUUUGACAGUGGGGAAGAGCUGUGCAGAACUUGCAUCAGUAUCAGGACAGUGAUGCUAGGCCACAACCAUGCUCAAACAUUAGCCGCUCAAGAAACAUUAGCCAAGUUAGUAAGAAUGAGGAGUAAGAUAUGACGAUUGUAUCUCAAAAUAUUAUACUCUUAUACACGGUUGGGCUUGAUUUUUUUCAUAUUGUAGUCAAGCAGCCAUUGACUAGUUAGCUUAUUAUAAAAUCCUGAUUCAUUAUACUCUCUCUGAAUCAUGGGAUCAACUGUUAUUUACUGUUAGGUAAAACAAACUGUUAUCCUAAGUUGAUUAAGUAUUGGAUAUAUAUAUUCAUGGAGUUGUUGGUAAAGUGUAUUCGACAACAUUCAUUAGUAUUAACAAAGAAGAAUCUAAAAUUUUUGCCAGGAAUCAACAAGAACCAUGACACCAAACACCUAACUCCUAACCAAGAAAUACUAUCAAUCUUCCAAAAUGUCUUGUUCCUUUCUCCGUAAUUCUAAAACUUACUGCAGAAAAGAUACGGCAUACACAAAAUAACGGGCAAAUCAAUAAAUAAUUGGAGUCGGUUGAUUAGUUACCAC